AUGAACCGCCCGAGCUUGCGUUCUCGGAGACAUCCGGUUUUCGAGGCGAAAGACGCCGUCAAAUUCAACCAGGAGCUUCCAUUGAGUAUCACUGCUGAGGCAUACAAGAUUGACAUUGCGAUCAAAUAUCCUAGCCCACCAGAAGACAUGCCUCCCGACGGUGGCUUCAACUAUGGCACACUUAGAGUCGCCCAAGAUUCUCUCAAAUCGCUCACCAUGGACAAUAAAGGCAAGUACAAGGUCGACUUCAAGUUCGUCCACAAAACGGCGCUCACGCAGGAGCUCUUUACAAUAACCCCGCCUGGGGGUACUUUAGAGCCCAAGAAGCAGCAAAAGGUUGACCUGCACUUCAACAAGGAGAAGACGCUGCAAAGAGAGGUCGCACUUAAAGGGAGCCGGGACGUGGAGCUGCACCUUAUCGAGUGCUUGACUGGCAAAACGGAGCAGAUAAUUCCUAGUGUAGUAACAGUCCACGCAGUGCAUUCCAAGUUCCAGCUGCUUCCUGCGCAAGGCAUUCACUUUGGUUCGCAGAUAUGCGGCAACCCUCCGCCACCUCGGCUUCUCACGAUUGUCAACCUGGGGAAGUUUGAUUUCGCUUACAAGCUUGUCUCCACGUUGGCGCCACCUGCGCCUGAAGCGGCGGCCGCAGCAGAAAAAGGCAAGAAAACGGAUAAGAAAGGAGGUGGUGGUGGUGCAUCGGGUGAGCCCCUGGAACUCAACAGCUUCACCGUGGUCCCUGCUUCUGGAACAGUCCUCCCUGGUAGCCACAUGGAGCUGUCCGUCUUCUUCAAGGUGGACACGCCUUGCCUGACAUCAGAGACGUUCCACAUUGAGAUUGCUGACAUGAAUCCCUUCCUGUAUCCGGGAGGCGUGGCGUACGAGCUCUCGGGUGAAGCCUGCAUUCCAGGCAUCAGCACGGAGCCGAGGACCAUAUUCUACGAGCACCAUGUGGUGGACGAGAUUGAUCUCCUGGCUCCCAUCCCAAGCUUUGGAACGUAUUCCAGAAAGGAUGAGAUGUUCUCCUUUGGGCCGGUUAUCAUCAACCAUGAGAAGGCAGCGCUCGACGCGAGUGCAGGUGGCAACAAGGACAAGCCAGCAGUAGUAGCAGCUCACAAGAAGGGCGCAAGGGACGUGUGCAUGACGGCACGGCUUCGUAUCGAGAACCCUCUGCGGGUUCCAUGCUCUGUCGAACUGGUGCUCCGUCGGCCGGGCGAAGCGGCGGCAAAGUCAGGUGGAAAAGAAAAGCUUCCCGCCAAAGGAGGUGGUGGUGGUGGCGACGACUUGCUGUGCAUGGAGCUCUCCCCCCUCACGGCUGACAUUCCACCCCUCGAGUACCAGUUUGUUACAAUCUCCUUCAAGCCUCUGGCGCUGCAAAAGUACACGGGGCUGCUCGAGGUGCUUGUCAAAGGCCGGGAGUCGCCACAGUUUACAUGCCACAUCCAGGGAGAGGGAACCUUGCCUCACUUGUUUGCCGAGUCGCCCUCGGCAGUGUCCCCGCUGGGAUUCCCGUGGCUCGACUUUCCACGGCUGCUGGUUGGAAAGUCACAUACGCUGCCCAUUGUUCUUGUCAACAACGGCCUGGUGCCUGCCGUGGCCAGGCUCGAGUUGGCUGGGGACGCCAGCGACGGAUUGGAGUCGUGGCUCGACAUGAGCCAGGUGACCGAGCAGGGAGCGGUGCCGCUGCUUGUGGGGAAGAAGCUCACGUUUCCCGUCGGCUGUGUGGAGACGGCCAGCGUCACCUUCACGCCUCGUGCCGCUCAGCAGUACAAGCAAGACAUCAUGGUGGUGGUGGAUGACAACCCAUUUGAUGCCGUCACCAUAUCCAUCACGGGUGAAGGCUACAGCGAAGAAGUGGUGUGCCUUGGAUUGCCCAAGGCGCUGGACGACGCCAUAUGCUUCGACGACUGCGGGGUUGGAGGCAGCACCCACGUCAUCUUCACCCUCAAGAACACAUCGCCACUCAAGCACUGGCGCUUUGGCUGGUCUGACGCACCAGCGUUUGUGAGCUUCAGGCCGGCGCUGGGCCAUCUCCACGCGGGGGCGUCCAAGCAGGUCACUGCGACAUUCAGCCCCACGGAGGCGGUGGAGUACGUGGACAAGGACAUAUACCUGCAGCUGUGCAACAUUGUCUACAUUGGACAGGGCGGGGAGGAGGAGGAGCCUCCGCCCGACUGGGACGACACCAUGCUGCCCCCUCCCAACGAGGACACGCCUCCCGAAGGCGGCAAAGGAAAAGGUGGCAAAGCGGCGCCACCCGCAGCAGCUGCCAAGGGUGGCAAGGGAGGCAAUGCUGGCGCUGCCCCCGAGCUGACCAUCGACUCCAACAUCAACCCCGCGGAGCCAGCCUUGGAGGUGGUCAAGGGGAGCGCCAAGCUCGUCGCGUACAAGCUCCACGCGGUGGCCGACAAUGCGCGAUACGAGUGCAGCGUCCAGGCGGUCCAGUUCAGGACGACGAUGAUGUUCCAGGUGAGGACGUACCCGUUGGUGGUGAAGAGCCUUAGCAAGGCGAGCAUGCCCUUCUCGUGGCGCGUGGAGAAGGCAGACGGCUCGGUGGAGGCAGAGGAGCAGAGCAUGUACGCGGUGGAGCCGGCGUGUGGUGUGCUGCGGCCUGGCCUGGACGCCCACUUUGUGCUCAAGUUCUGCCCGCUCGAGGUGCACGAGUGCAGCCGCGUGGUGGCGUGCCACAUCCCCACGCUGGAGCAGCCGCUGCGGCUCCCCGUUUGCGGCAGCGUGACGAGGCCGUGGUGCCACUUUGAGCUGCCCCGGAGCGACUAUGCAAGCCGGAGGGACGGCCACUUCCCGGGGCCCGACGGGGAGCUGGGGCCCUUGGACGCUGGCAUCCACAUCAUCGAGUUCGACUCGCUGGGCUGCAACAUGCGCAACGUCAAGUACUUCACCGCCGUCAACCCCACCAAUGUGGCCUACAAGUUCGUGUGGGAGGAGAAGAAGAGCCAGUCGCUCAGGUGGACGGCCUACGACCUGGAGCCCAUCACCGACGACGACGUCUUCCCCCGUCCCUUCCGGUGCAUGACGCGGCGCGGCCUCAUCCCAGGCGGCAAGAGGUUUGAGAUGGGAUUCGAGUACACCCCGAUGAGGCUGGAGCUGCACGAGAGCUUCUGGACCCUCCGCAUCCCGGACAAGAGGAUCGAGGUCAACUUCCUCCUGGUUGGCAACGUCAAGAAGCCCGAGCUGUCGCUCAGCUGCUCCCACGUCGACUUUGGCCAGGUCCUCGUCAAGGCCAGAGUGAAGCAGACCAUCUACCUGCACAACCCCGAGCCUGGGCCCUUCGCCUUCAACUUCGACAAGCUCAGCUACUCGCCGUCGCAGCCGGGCCAGGUUGCGGUGCUCACCUUCACUCCCUCGAGUGGCAUUGUGGCCCAAGGUGCAACCAUACCGGUGGAGCUGCUCUUCUCGCCGGCGCUGGAAGGCGACCACUCGUUCGACAUCGUGUGCAACCUCCGCAUGGCCUCCCCGCUCUUCAUGUCUGUCAAGGCGGAGGCCUACCUCUACCACGAGAAGCUCUACCUGGAAGGCGGGGACGACGGCAGGCCGCUCGCCCUCGUGGCAAAGGAGGCCUUCAGGCUAGACUACGGGCGGGUGAUGAUCAACUCGAGGGUGUACCGAAAGUUCAUCCUCACCAACUCGGGCAAAGCGGCCUUUCACUUCAUGUGGGGCUGUGGCAGCGACAGCGCCCUGCUGCGAGCGGAGCCAGUCGCCGAGCUGGUGACCAAGGAUGAGCAGCUCACCUGCGACCUCCUCUUUCACCCCACCGCAGAGAGGACAUUUGUGGACCUUCCCAUCGUAUGCCAGAUUAUGCACGGCAACAAGUACCUCAUCCAUCUCAACGCCACCUGCUACCGCCCCAGGAUCAAGUUCAGCUUCCACGACUUUGACUUUGGAGCCCGCUUCCUGCACCAGCCCGGCUUGACACCGCCCUCCACGGACCUCACGCUCUCCAACGAGGGUGACGAGGUGAUCACCUGCGAGCUCCUGUACGAGAACACCUCCUUUCUGGAAGUGGAGUACGUCAACAUGAGCUUGAGCCCCGGCCAAAACCACACCAUCAGGGUGACUUUCAAGCCGGAUGCCUUUGUGCUCUACAGGGAGGCUGUCAAGUUCCAAAUAUGUGGCCUCGACACUGUGACCAUCUCGGUCAGAGGGGAAGGCGUGCCCGUUUUGCUCGAGCUAGUGGAUCCCAGGCAGCGCUACUUGUCGUUUGGGGUGGUCCGGCUGGGGAAGACGGCAAAGCAACACGUUCAGAUCACCAACAAGAGCAAAAUCCUGGCUCCCAUAUCCUUUGAGCCUAGUGCCAACGCACUGGGCAAGCUGGGCAUCACAUGCCUGCCUGCCCAAGGCAUCCAGCUGCCGCCGAGAUACACUCGUCCCAUGGAGCUCGUCUUCACUCCACAAGCCAGGAUGACCAAGUUUACCGAAGGCCUUGUGCUGGAAGUGGCGGGGACCCAGUCGAGAGUGCUGACAGUAUCUGGCAUUUGCCAUGCUGUGGUGGUGAAGCUCAACCAGAGCGUUUUGCCCUUUGACAUCGUAACACUGGGCUCCAAGGUGACCAAGAAGAUACAGCUCGAAAACCACGGGGACCUGGCAACCAACUUUGCGUGGGACACAACCAAGUGUGAGGCGGAUUUCACCAUCUUCCCCAUGGAGGGGUUCCUGACCCCUCGUCAGGUGUCAAAGCUGGACGUGACCUUCCAUCCUUCGGCCGCUAAUCCGGACAUGAGAAUCGAGGACAUCCCUUGCCAAGUGGAGGGCGGCGAGCCACUGCACUUGACGCUCCUGGGGGGUUGUGUGGAGCAAGGGGCGCCUGCGGAGACGCUCAAGUUCAUGACCGCCGUGCGGGCCACCGAGUCCAAGAUGAUCCAGCUCAAGAACCCGACAACGCAGAACUGGCUCGUACAUCCCGUCAUCUCGCACCCCUAUUGGAGUGGAGCGGUGACAGUGCAGGUGCCGGCCAACCAGAGCCUAGGCUACAGCCUCACCUACCGUCCCCUGACAAUGAGCAACACGCACCGGGCCACCAUCUCCUUCCCGCUGCCCUUCGGGGGCCUUGUGUCUUAUCAGCUGUCGGGUGAGGCAGGGCCGCCACCUCCCGAGGCCAGCAUCAAGCUGGACGCCAAGGCGCGGCUCACGCUCCCCUUCAGCCUGCACGUCCCAAACUGGCUCAAAGCCACUCAGCAGUUUGCCGUCAUGGUAAGCAUGGUGCAGGGGGAUGCCACGACAGUGAUCAAGGGCCCCAAGACCAUCGACGUGCCCGGGCUGUCCAACAAGGAGUGCGUGCUCUACUUCAAGGCCCAUAAGCCUGGAAGCACCAUGAGCACCGUCACGUUCAAGAACGAAGAGAGUGGUGAGUACUCGCUGUUCAACGUGACAGUGGAGACAGGCAGGGCCGACAUUGUCGAGUCAGUGCUCCUCGAGUGCUUUGUGAGGCAGCAAGCGUCGCGCACGCUUCGCCUCAGGAAUCCGCUGGACAGGCCUGUGGUGUUCAAGACGAGCUGCACGGGCCAAGGCGUGGUGCUGCCCGCCCAGGUGCAAGCUGACGCAAUGUCCAGCGCGGCAGUGGACGUUGCGUUUCGACCCCUGGUGCAGGGCAGCAGCCAGUGCAGCCUCAGUCUACACAGCGACGACCUCGGGGAAUUCGAAUACCAGCUGACGCUCAAGAGUGUGGCAGCGCCAUCCGAGGCCCCGUUGCUCUUCUCCGUGCCCCUGGGCAAUCAGCUCGUACAGACUUUCCACUUUAGGCACACACUUCCAGUCAAGGCCACGUACAAUUGCCUGCUCUCUCAAGCAGCCAUUGACGGAGGCUUCACGGCCGAACCCAGCAUGGUGCAGGCCAAUCCAGCACCGCCCGACGGCCUCGACCUCCAAGUCCAAGUCGUGUUCGAGCCGUCGCGGAUCAUGGACGAGUUCCAAGGCUUGCUCACGUUGAAAUCGCCUGAAGGGUCUGACUUUUGCUGCCAGCUGCUGGCAAGCUGCAGCAGCCCGUCUCCUCAGGGUCCCUUCUUCAUCAAGGGCAGUGGACAGAUCAACUUCAAAAACGUUUACAACGACACCGUCCAGUUUAACUACACCACGGACAAUCCAGCUUUUGUGGUGAGCAAAGGUGAGAAGAUGCAGUCCAAGAAGCAGUCUAAGCUGGUUGUUAGCUACAAACCAGAAGCACCGAACGCCCCCAAGACUGGCCGACUCACAGUGACUUGCAAUGAAACAGAUGAUGUAUGGUCGUUCUACCUGCAAGCUGUCUAG